GCUCGCGGGGCAGAAACUGGCAUUAGCACGAGCAGUGCCCGAAAAGUUCACGUGUUGCGGGUUUCUGCUUGUGAAGGAAGGAGUCGUAUUUCACAAUUCCAUGGAAGGAGUUACUAAUUAAUUAAGCUGUGUUAACGAAGUUAUUAAUUCACUGAUGCCCUGCUUUAAAAAACAAGUGUAACGGUGAGGAGCAAACUAUCUCCGUACAAAUCAAAAAUCCAGUUUUGCGCCUUUUGCAGUCUGAGGCGUGGUAGAGCUGUGUAUUCUCUGCCAUGCAUUUUAUUUUUUUUUUCCCAUUCCUGGUGGUGUUUCGCAUGCCUUUAUAGUCGGCCUGAAGUGUUGAAAGCGAGGCGGUGACGGUGCGGUCCGGUGUGUGGUUCUUGCAGGGGGCUGAGGCGGUGCGGCGGCGAUGAUGCUGCAGGAGCUGGUGGCCCGGGCAGCCGGCGUGCACUCGGACAGAGCUGCAGUCUGCUUUGAUGAGUGCGCCGGGAAACCUCCAGCCUUCUACACCUACGCCACCGUGGUUGAGCUUGCCCUGGAACUGACGGCUUUCCUUCAGAAGCACUGUGACCACCCAGGCAAAUGUGAAAUAGGCCUUUACUGCUAUCCAGGAAUAAACCUGCCGUCUUGGAUCUUAGGAAUCCUUCAAGUUCCAGCUGCCUAUUCACCUAUUGAUCCAGAUGCACCACCCACCAUAUCCAUGUACUUCAUGAAGAAAAGUAAUCUUCAGUAUAUUCUUGUUGAGAAUGACAAAGUAAAUAAAUUCCAGAUGUCUCAUGCUGGUUGUUUUUCCCACAAUUCCUCCACCACAGAACGUAUUGGUUUAACUCUCUUCCAAAUGAGCUCAAGCAACACUGAUGUCAGUUCAGUAGUAAACAAUAUGAAAAGUAAAGGUGAACCUUCCGAAGCUGUGGAUGACUUGCAGCCGGGAUAUACCCUUUGCCCGGAUCAAACCAAAGUAAAAUCAUCAGAAGCAGGAUACAUGGACGCUGGCCAGAAAGGCACUUUAGCAUAUGUCUUGCAUACAUCAGGAACUACAGGGAUCCCCAAAAUUGUCAGAGUGCCUCAUAAAUGUAUAGUGCCUAAUAUUCAGCAUCUUAAAUCCAUAUUUGAGAUCACACAGGAUGAUGUGCUAUUCCUGGCUUCUCCUCUCACGUUUGACCCAUCUGUGGUUGAAUUGUUCAUGGCUCUGACAAGUGGAGCCUCUAUUCUUGUUGUACCAAACACCAUUAAAAUGAUGCCUGUGGAGCUCUCUGCUGCUCUGUUUCACCACCACCACGUGACAGUGUUGCAGGCAACACCAACACUUCUCAGGAGGUUUGGAGCUCACAUUAUUAAAUCAAGAGUGUUGUCUGCAAAUACUUCACUUCGUGUCUUAGCCCUUGGUGGUGAAGCAUUUCCUAUACUGAGCCUCUUGAAAAGUUGGAAGCACCAGGAGAACAAAACAAGUAUUUUUAAUCUCUAUGGUAUUACUGAAGUGUCAAGCUGGGCCACUUGCUACAAGAUUCCUGAGGAGGUUUUUAGUGCUGAUUUUAGAAUGGAUUUUCCUAUACCUCUGGGAUCACCACUCCUUGGAACAAAACUUGAGGUCAGAGAUGCCAAUGGAUCUGCAGUUCUUGAAGGCGAGGGACAAAUAUUUAUAGGUGGCGAAGAACGAAUCUGCUUUCUUGAUGAUGAAAUAACUGUGCCACUGGGUACAAUGAGAGAAACAGGGGAUUUUGUAAGAGUGAAGAAUGCAAAGUUGUUCUUCUUGGGUCGGAAAGACAAUCAGAUUAAACGUCAUGGCAAACGGUUUAAUAUUGAAUAUCUGCAGCAGGUUGCUGAAGAACUUUGCCAGGUAGAAGCUUGUGCAGUUACCUGGUAUCAACAGGAAAAACUUAUCCUCUUUGUUUUACCCAAAGAUGAUUUUGAAGAAAGAGAAACACUUAAGGAACUCCAGAAGCAUCUACCAGCCUAUGCAGUCCCUGAUGAGAUUGUAGUGAUUAAAGCUUUGCCUUUAACAUCCCAUGGCAAAGUUGAUAUAUCUGAACUGAACAAGAUUUACCAGAACCAUCUAAACUCCAGAAGGCGUGACAGUAAGCUGAGUGACGCAGAGGAAUUGUGGGAAAGAUUGCUGUAUUUAUGGAAGUCUGUCCUCGGUCUUCCAUGUGAUUCCACUGGAAUUUCUAAAGAUGCAGUAUUUCUAUACAGUGGUGGAGACUCCCUAAAGGCACUACGAUUUUAUGAAGAAAUUGAGAUAUUAGUAGGAAAAGCUGUGCCUGGACUCCUUGAAGUUAUUCUCAGCCACUCGCUUGAAGAGGUUUACAGACAUAUUCUUAAAAUGCUGUUUCCAGAUGAAGAGCAAUUAAUGAAUCCUGAUAAUGUUGUGAAAAGAAAAUUGAGAGGGAACAGUGGAGAGGAAUUCCUUGGAAAAUAUAUUAAACUGACAUCUGAAAGAGAUCUUGAGAUUGCUUCAGGAUUCAUUCCAUUUAUUGCACUGAACAGAGGAAAUCAUUUUUUCCCUAUGAAUUUCACCAAGUCUUCUUUGCAGCCCAAAAAUACAGUAUGGGUAGGAGUGGAACCACUACAGCAGCCAUCCUUUCUGCAUUCCAAGACUGCAGGUGCAAUGAAAAGCCAUGUGCAAGGGUCUGAACUGGAGAAUAGCAUUUUAACACUUGAAAACAAGGCAAAUAAAAAUGACCAUUCCUCUGUUCAGCAAAUCCAUGCAGAAUGUCGUCAUUCAUCAGUGGCAGAGUUGGCAUUGUGUGUGAGGUGGAAGUCAAACACAAGAAAAUGUGUUGAUGCAUCACCACUGGUUAUAAUACCAGCUAAAGAAGAAGUAUCUGCAUCUGUGUAUGUUGGCUCUCACUCUCAUGCAAUGCAGGCAAUUGAUCUAGAUUUGGGAGAAAUAAAAUGGGAGAAGACCCUUGGAGAUCGUAUUGAAUCUUCUGCCUGUGUAUCCAAGUGUGGAAAUUUCAUUGUUGUUGGUUGUUAUGAUGGCUUAGUAUAUGUGCUUCAAAGCAGGGAUGGAGAAAUAUACUGGACUUUUGCCACAGAAGACACUGUGAAAAGCUCUGGAGUUGUAGACCCUUCCAGUGGACUGGUCUACAUUGGAUCACAUGACCAACAUGUCUAUGCUUUGGAUAUUUAUAAAAAGGUGUGUAUAUGGAAGUUACAUUGUGAAGGUGGAGCUGUGUUUUCAUCUCCUUGUCUAAGUUCUUUUCCACAUCAUCUCUAUAUUGCUACACUAGGAGGACUGUUUUUGGCUGUUAACCCAGUGACGGGGAGUAAGAUUUGGAAAAGCAACCUUGGAAAACCACUCUUCUCCUCUCCUCACUGCAAUGAGAGCUACGUGUGUGUUGGAUGUGUGGAUGGAAACUUGUAUUGUUACACUCAUUCUGGAGAAAAGGUUUGGCAAUUUUCCACUAAUGGGCCAGUGUUUUCAUCUCCGUGCCUCUCAAGUUUAACUAAGCAAGAAAUAUUUUUUGGCUCUCAUGACUGCUUUAUCUACUGCUGUAACAUGGAGGGCAAUUUACUGUGGAAAUUUGAAGCCACUUCAAGUGUAUAUGGAACACCAUUCAUUUUCCAAAGUGAUGACUUAAAUAACAAAAUUCUCUUGGCAGCAGUAUCUACAGAUGGCAAAGUGUGGAUCCUGAAUGCCAAGAGCGGAACAGCAGAAGGAGUAGAUAAGCUUCCAGGCGAGGUUUUCUCUUCACCCGUAGUAUGGGGAACAAAGCUGGUUGUUGGCUGUAGAAAUGAUUAUGUUUAUUGUCUAGAUCUGCAUAUAGCAGGAAAAAAUAACAGCUAAGAUGUUAGGCUGUUUCAUUUUUAUUGUUUAUGUUUGUAAACUAGGAGCUCACAUGUGCUCUCUACCCCUCUGCCUACUUUGCUGAAGGCAAGAGAUGCUCCUUGCAGGCUUAUCAGGUAGGGUUUUGCAUCAGGGAGUGUCCUGUGGUGGAGGGAGGAUGGCUGCUCAGCCCCGUUGCCAGAGAGGGGACAAAGUGUAAGGUGCCAUAUUCCACAGCUUGGAUAGCAGGCUGGUCUCCAAGGGAGGAGUGUAUUGCUUUCUCUGAGUCCGUCCUCGCCUGUGCCUGGCUCUUCCUUGCACCAGACUAGUGUUUGUCUGUCAAGAUUUCUGUGCCAGGCAAGCUAACCCAAGUCCUUUUUUGAAUCUAACUUUUAACUUGGUUUCUGGAGACAUAGCCUGAAUUUCCUGUACCUGGAAGGAGAGACUUGUUUACUACAGUUUGUACAAACAGAAUAAUUCAUCUUUUGUGGACCUAGGCCCAUCAUGGCUUAAUUAAUCUAGCAUAAACUUGGACUCCAUUGAAGUCCGUAGGAGUUGUCUCUUGUAUUCUAGAGUGGAAAUAACACUAUAAAUAUUUAUUAAAUUUCAAUGACAGUAAUGGUACUGAAGUGUACAUUGCUCAAAUCAACCACUGUCAAGUAAUUUUUUAAGAUAUUUUAAUGAAUGCUGUUUACAUUGUCUUCACAAGAACUAUUAAUAAAAGGUUGUGUAAAUUGGGUUUUGUGUUGUUUAACAUCUUAGAAACGAGUACCAGGGGUCUUGGUAAUGCAAAUCAAGUACUUGCAGUGGCAAAAGUAUGCUUCACUGAGAGCAUUUCCUAAGAGUCUUCUAAAAGAAGUAUAGUAGAAACUCUUAUCUUACUUUCUCUCAUGAGCCACCUACUUUGAAUCCUGUGUAGCACAGAGCAGAUUUGUAGCACUGCAAAAAGUUCAGUUUGUAAGGCAAACCUGAACUACAUGAUUAGCAAAAUGAGACACAGAGGACGUGUAUCAAUGAUUAGAUAAUUUUGACCAGGUUAUAGUUUAAUAAGAAUUAAAAUGACAGUAUAAUAAACAAUUGCACUUUAAAACAUUUGAAAAAUUAAAAAAGUACACAACAAAUACCCCACAAUUAUACAUCUUGUAGUUUUUAUACAUUACUAUAUGAACAUAGAGGUUAAUCAUAUAUAACCUUGUCAAAAGAAAUGGUAUUUUGUGUUUGUAUAAGUUACAAAAAAUUGAGACAAUAUACUACAUAGUGGUUUAUUCGGUUCUUAAAACAUUUUUUCUGUUUUAAACUGGGUAGUAGUGUUUUGGAUUUAUUUUUACAGAUUUCCAAUACUUUAUCAGAAAUGGUUGCAACAAAGCUAAAGCAAAGUAACACUUCUCUUCAUUGGUAUUUAGUGCAAAUCUUUGUUAAUUUAACAUGAAAUGUCACUGUUGCACAUGUACACUUUAGAAAUGUUUCCAUCAAGUACUGUACAGUUUCCAUUGUUACACUAGAUACCUUUAUGGUUGAAAAAAAAACUCUGCUUUGAAGCUUUAGCUUAGGACCAUCCUUAAUGAAAGCUCUAAUCUAUGUGCUAUAAAUGGAUUGUAUUGGAAAAUUGCAUUCUUAUGUCAUGCACAGUAGCACCUAAUUUUGCUAUGCUUUUCAAAAUACCGGUAUCUUUAAUCCUGAUUUAUUUCACCUUCUCUGUAUUUCUACCUGGCUCCCCCUCCCAAGACAUAAUUGUAAAAAUGGA